AAAUAAAUAAACUGCAUCAAUCUCUUACUUUAAAAAAAUAAACCAGAAUUUUUUAAAAAGUAUUCGGAAGUAACAUUUCUCUAUAUGUUUCACAAAUUGUAAUAUUCCUUGUAGUCUUCAAAAGGAUAAAACCAAACACCUAUAAUAGUUAAUUACUAAUUAUUUUACAUCUGCAUUAAUAACCUAGUAAAAAAGAGCAUAAAUGAAAUUCACAGGUGUUAUAUCAGAAGAUGAUGCAAACACCAGUGGAGGCAGACAUGCAACACCAGAGGCACUAGAUAAAAAAGAAACAUGGGCAAACAGUAACAAAACAAGAAUUAACAUUGGAAAAAAUACAAGCUUAUAGACUUGGGGGGAAAUAUUAAACUGAUCUUCAGCAGGAGGGGGAAACCUGAGAAACAGUAAUGACAAGAGAGACCUAGCAUGAUAGUGCACAGCAAAUUUAGAUCAUUUAAUGUCUAAUGGCAACAAACAAACAAAAACCUGGACUCUGUAUACAGUCCCUCUUCUCCAAAUGGCUCUAGUGACCACAUCUCAAAUAGUACAUUCAAUUCUGGGUAACUCAUUAUCAGAAAUACACUGAAACUGGGAAGAGUCUAGCAAAGAGCACAAGGGAUUUAGGAGGCAGAAAGCACUGACAUAUGAAGAAAGAUUAAAAUAUCAAUAUGUUAAAUUUAAAUGUGGCUAUAUGACCAUUAGAUAGAAAAUGCUAAAAAAAUUAAAAAAUACCUGCAAACUGUAAACGAAGAAAGGAGAAUUAUUUAGUGUGUUAAAAAGAGUACGGUAUGAAAUUAAAUAGAACAUUUAGGCUGCAUAUCAGAAAAUCAUCUCCACAAUGAAAUGUAUUAGGAUGCAAUACAAUUCCUCAAAAGGGAAGUAAAAACGUUAUUGCUUGGUAAAUGAACUAUACAGAAUAAUCCUGCCCUGCCUUGGGGGUGGAGGAGGUGGAACCCUGAAUGAUUUAAAUGCACUGUCCAUAUUUAAUAUCUUGAUUAUUUUAUAGCAACUCUAAAAUGUUACACAAGCACUGAGGUAAUGUUAUAUACUUAGAAAUACACCACAUUAAUUAAGUCUGACAAACAUAUGAAGCAAGUUGCAGACAAAUAUCAGUUAGUAUUCUGCUGAUAGUUGUAACUUUAAAACCCGACUUCAAAUCUGUUCUAGAACCCAACAUCUUGCAACAUCACAAAGAGUGAUACAGUUCCCAUGACAGAGUCCAAAAUUCUGCCUUUCCUUUGGGCCAUGUAUUCACACUACAAACUACAUUUAUCUUACCAUGGGUAACAUAAUCAAGGGAGCCAGCACAUCCACAACUGAGUCUGAUCCUUUCACUUACUCCCUUUCUUCCUGUAGGCCGAAGGGAUUUAAGCCACUUCAGGCAAAACUAUAUGAAGCAAUAAUGAAAGAUGACAGCACCAGCAUUAAAGUUUUACUAGCACACCAACCUGUCAAUGAACCACUGAUUGUCUGGGAUAACUCUGCAUGCAGAAGAACACUGUCAAUCCAGGAUCAGUCUAUUCUUCCAAUUCACUUAGCUGCCAAACACAGAAGAGAAAAGAGUUUGCGUUGUUUGCUAGAAUCUGGUGCUGACCCAAAACUAAGAGAUAACAGAGGUUACACAGCACUUCACCUCCUCCUGCUACACUGGCCAAAUAUUUAUCUAACUGAGACAGACAUUUUGACCAGAUUUCAGAGAAACCUGGGAAUUACACAGAGUAAUGCAGAAGAAUGUCUUCGUAUCUUGUGUGAGAAGGAAGUUCAAACAGAUCCUGAAAUGGAUAGUAACUACAAACACAGCUACUUACAUUUAGCCCUACAUUCUGGAGCCUCUCGAGCUAUAUCUAUUCUAAUUGAGAAUGGUGCCAACACAGAUGACAGAGAUGAGUUUGGCAAAACAGCGCUUCACACUGCUGCAGAGCAUUUGAACAAGGAGAUAACAGAAACUUUAAUCACCUGUGGAGCAAACAUUAAUUGUACUCUUCCAACAUAUGGAAAAACUGCUCUUCAGCUUGCAGUGUGCACUGCAUCAUCUAAAGCAGGCACAGUUUUAGCUGCCGAUAUAGAUUGCAUCCAUUUACUGUUAAUGAAUGGAGCUAAAGUAAAUACUCAAGAUUGUGAAGGACGAGCAGCUAUUCAUGAUGCUUGCUUGGGAGGCAGAAAAGAAAUAGUUGAUCUCCUCCUAGAUUACCAUGCAGAUGUUAACAUUUUAACAAGACAAGGGCAAUCUCCCCUUUUUCUGUUUCUUCAACACAGGUCAAAUCUAAGACGUACAUCACUGUUAAAUAAGUUGUUAAACCUCUCAUACCCGUUGAAGCUAACCAAUAAUCAAGGAGAUCUACCCACUGGACUUCUGCUCCAAGAAUUUCAAAUACAAAAAGACUUUCUUGUAAGAUUAUCAAAUAACAUGUUGUCUCUGCAAGACAUCUGCAAAAUCACUGUCAGAAGAAUAUAUGGGGAAAAAAACAAACAAUGCUUGAAAAAACAACUUCCUGUAACUGUAUGGAAUUCUUUAUACAACUACCAGGACUACUCACAACUUUGGUAAAUAAAUCUCAUGACUUAAACAGUCACAAAGUUAAAUGAUUCUGGCAGAUUUGAUUAAUGUGUGUCACAUAUGUAGUCACACACACCUACAUGGGAAAGUGAAUUGAGAAACUGUUGAUCCUGAAACUGUGUAAUGAAAAAUUAAACAUGAAUCAGGAUGCAUAUUAAUACUGCAUGUGUAUUUUGAAACAGCUCUUAACAUUUCUCAAAUGUAAUUUUAAUACUCAAGUGUUUUUUUUAAACACAUAAUACUUUUCAUGUGUAAUCACGAUUUUAAGUACAGUAUCUAGAAAGACAGCCAGUGAAUCUCCAAGAGAAAGGGAUGGGGAAAUUACACAUUUGGUCUAUUUCUAUAUGUUUUCAGUUUAACUAGUAAACAAAACAAGCAAGAUAUUCUACAAAUUCUCAUAAUUAAAGCCAAUUAGUCAACAAUAAUCUUAUAACUAUAUCUAUUGUCAUCAAUCCAGGUUACUCAGGAGGACGUAAGGACAAAGAACUAAUUCGUUAUAUUUUUUAAAAAUUUGGCUCUCAUUGUUCUUAAUGAGAAUGAAGUCAAGCUGCCCUCAGGGAAGAUAGUGAACCCUUAUACUGUCCGGAGGCAGAGAGGUGCACUAUGAGAAGAAGGUGAAUAGAACCAGGGGCCAUCUUGGUUAAGGGCAGCAUGUGGCCUCAGAACCAUUGAGAACAAUAGUAGAUAACCAUUUUGAAAGAGAGCCAUUUUUUGAGAGUUUCUCUGAACACAAUUUUCUCCCUUAAGUCUGAAGGAAAAUAAACAGAAAAAAAAAAAUGACCAUUAAUACUAAAAUGUAGUUUCAAAAGAUACUCAUCACAUCAGGCCUAUUCAAGAUUCAUACGUCCGCUGGAGUUUGUGUAGAUAGACAAGGCUGCAAGUUUGUCACGGAGGUCACAGACUCCGUGACUUUCCGGGACCUCUGGGUCUUCUGCAGAGGCC